GGCGCGUGCCGAGCCCGGCGUCCAGGAUGGGGAUAUGACUAGCCCCCUGGUCUACGCGGUCCUUCAAUCCUCCGCGGUGGCGGUUCAGCUCCUCCUCACGGCUGCAGCCUGCCCGAAUCAAGCGAGCGGAACGGGGCAGGCGCCGUCGCGCACGCCACUUUUCACGGCCGUCUCUAUGAUGGACUAUGCUGUCACGCAUCUUCUGUUGGCUGCUAAGGCUGAUCCGGCCAGAGACGCUGGUACCUUGACCGCGCUAGUGCAGCGGGCGGUCCUCCCUGGCCACGCUUGCGAUGGAGUUCUGCCGGCCGUCCUUCUUCGAGCAGCGAAAGCUCGCCUGGCACGGCCGGAUAGAGUUGAAGUAGCGAAGGCCUUGCUCCCAUACCUCCUCGCGGAGGGUGAUUGGGCGGGCAUAUUGAUGCUGCGCAUUUUUUGCCACUAG